AUGGGAUGCUUUCCACGGUUCUUGAAGCUGCGGCUUCGUCUGAAGCGAAAAACAACGACACCCGGUCUGCAGUUAAGAGGCAGCCCAAAAGCCUGGGAGCAGUGCCCACAUUGCAAAGAACUAUUUGGCGAUGUCUACGAUAAGCAGGUCCAGCUAUCGACGGUUUUGGAAUCCGCUGCCCAAUGUUCGCGGUGCUGGGCCUUGGGACAAAUUCUGAAUAAUGUCACAGAUCUCAGGAGUGCCAGCACUGUCCUGGUAGGAAGUAUCUGGCAUGACAACACGCUCGAAAUUGGGGUCAUCAGGCCAGGAGACACCUUUGAGACAGCACCGGGAUAUAAGAUUUAUGAAACUGGUGACAGGUACAAGGGUGAACGACCCUUGUUGGACCCCAUAGUAGGCCUGCCGAUAGCACAUAAAGCUACCCAUGUCAAUUUCCGCCCCAUCAGGACAACUCCCGAACAUCGUUUUGCCCUCGCCAAAGAAUGGCUUUCAGAAUGUGUCACAUCACACGAGGCUUGUAAUGAACACGAUGCAGAGUAUCUAUUGCCGAGGCGACUGUUGGAUAUUUCAGACGUCGAACACAUCCGCUUAGUAAAUACGCAGCAUCAAGAACUUCAUCCACGGACGGGGUAUGUCGCCCUCAGCUACUGCUGGGGCAAACAAGGGAACCUUUGCACCAACACCGCCAACCUCAAACAACAUGCAGCCGGAAUCCCGAUGCUGUCACUUCCUUCCACCAUCAGAGACGCAGUCAUUGCCUGUAAACACCUCUGCCAGCGUUAUCUAUGGGUCGACGCCCUUUGCAUCAUCCAGGAUGAUCCACGCGACAAAAUAGCACAGAUUCCUCAGAUGGCCGACAUUUACUCCGGCGCACUUCUUGUUCUGUCUGCUGCUGGCUCUUCAGGCUCGCUUGAGGGCUGCCCGCUUGGGCCACCCGAAAUGCAGCCCUCUCCACCAAAGAUAAUAGGGUUAGACUUUUCCCGGUAUGCCAAUAACGACAACGAAUCAUCUGAUUACAGAGAAACGAUUGUCGUGGAGCAAAUGGAGCACGAGCGGUGCCGAUCUCUACCGGGACACUGGGCACACGAAACCUUUGAUCAAGAUCCCACAGACGCCCUCAACGUUGUUGAGGAACGUGGAUGGACAUUUCAGGAACGAUUCUUAGCCAAGAGAUCGCUGUAUAUUGGAAAAGGAGAAAUGUCAUGGACGUGUGCCACCGAGGUGCAAUGCGAAUGCAGGAAUCCCAGUCCACACAUCAAGACAGAGGCAGGGGACCGUGUGUUUACUCGGAGAUACGGCAUCAAUCACAUGUCGGUAAACAAUCUGUUCUCCGAGGCUGAACUCAGCAAAACGUACUCGUACCUGUGGUCUGAUAUAGUUGCAACCUACUCGGGCCGGCUACUCACGCAGUUCGGCGAUAGAGUCGCGGCCUUGGAGGGUAUUGCUGUGGCUUUGCAACGGAGGUGGCCGAACAUUUACAAAAGGGACGAAUAUUUCUUUGGGUGCUGGUUAUCGCUUUUACCGGACCUGCUCUUGUGGCAUGUCUCGGGAGAACCUGUCUCGGAACAGAUAUAUCCGGAUCUGUUUCCUUCAUGGGCGUGGCCCUCCUGUGGAAGACCUGUCAGUUUCAUCAGUUGGGUAUGGUACGGGGUCGAUCCAAAAUUAUGGGUUGAGCUGCUCGAUUUCGAAGUCAAAGAGCCUCCGCCAGCGGCGGUGUUUGGGCAAGGAGGAGGAACAGUGACGUUGAGGGGACCUUUGAUUCCCGUGAAGCGAGAGGUUGUCACAUAUGACGAAAAUGAGGGGGAGGUUGCAUAUGUCCCGAUCGACACACAGCUUUCUUUCAUGGCGGGAGGUGCGUCUCUGGAUCAUGGUGACGGGGACCCAGAUGCGGAAAGGGUGAGCCAUCUUGCGCUUGUAGGAAGCUACCCCUUCAAGCUACAGGAGAAGAACAAGCAGUUGUCCUGCGCAAUGCUAUGUCUUGCGCCCAUCACGGGCAGGCAGGAAAAUGUCUUUCGCCGAGUGGGUAUGGUUCUGUUGCCAAGGACAAAGCAAGCUUUCUUGGGGGCUGAGUUUCAACGACUGUUGACUCCUCAUGUCACCGACUACAAGAUCACCUGA